GGAGAGCAAAGAUUGAUUUCUUGUCGGGGCAAGAGCGACAGAGAGAAUGACAUGGCUUAUCCGCGCGAAAGUUCCAAUCCUCUUCGUUGUUACCUCUCUCGCCGAACAUCCGCAUCUGGAUAUUGAUUCGUCUGAACCUCAGCUGAGAAACCAAUGGCUGUUUGAUAUUGAUAUUGCCGGUGUUUGAUCAGUGACGGAACUUGAAGUGCUUUGAAUUUCUUGUGACGGCUGAUUCUAGGUUGCUAUUUGUUAUAUUCUAGCACUACGAUAGCAUGACUGCAAGUUAUAGCGAUGCAAAUGCAAGCUCAAGCUCUAGUUUGAAUAGCAGCUUUCCAGAUACAGAGGAUGACGAAAUCAUAGCAAGCAUCUUACAAGAAGAUGCGAAUUCAAAAGCUGAGGGAAAACUUGGAAAAAGCUCUCAUUUAAAUUCCAUCCCACACACUCCCCGGGUUAAUGGGGAGAUACCUGAUGUGAGUGAUGCAACCUUAGACCAUGAGCCUCUGUCUGAAAGGUUGACGACAUAUGGUUUGGCAGAGCUGCAAAUUGAGGGUGAUGGGAAUUGCCAGUUUCGAGCAUUAGCAGAUCAGCUUUUUCGUAGUCCAGAUUACCACAAACACGUUAGAAAGGAGGUUGUGAAGCAGCUAAAGAAUUUUAGAAAAUUGUACGAAGGUUAUGUUCCAAUGCCAUACAAAAAUUACCUGAAGCAAAUGAAAAGAUCAGGAGAGUGGGGAGAUCAUAUUACUCUACAAGCAGCCGCAGACCGGUUUGGAGCCAAAAUUUGUUUGGUGACCUCCUUUCGGGACACUUGUUAUAUUGAGAUUGUGCCAAAAGGCCAGAAUCCUACUAGAGAGCUUUGGCUGAGCUUUUGGAGUGAAGUGCACUAUAAUUCACUAUAUGCAAGCGGGGAUGUUCCUACCAGAAAAUCAAGGAGAAAGCAUUGGCUUUUCUAGAGAUACAGGGCAUGUGAAAGUCAGAUCAAGUAAUAUACAUGACACUGUUUGUUUUUCUUCUUUAUAUGCAUACAAUGUCCAGCAAUGUAAAGAAUUGUUCGAUAGCAAAACACACAGAUGCAUCUUCUUAUUGUUUUCAGACAUUCUACUUGAGAGACUGAUGACCAGCAACCUAAUUUCUUAUAUUUAAUUGAAGAGAAGAAUCUGAAUUAUCAUUUCA